AUGUCCUCCUCGAAAGAAUCGUCCCCGAACAGCGAUGCCGGUGCGCGGGACGGGCUGCAAAGCUCGCCAAAGCACCGACUCGAAGCGCUGCCGGCCGAGCUGCUCAAGCUCAUCAUCUUGCUCGUCAAGGAACAAGACGAGCGUCUCGAAAUCGUCGCCCAUACCGUGUUCUCGCCUCCUUGGCGCACAAUAGUGCGAGGGAAUGGACUCAGCGCCUUGUCCUCGACGUCCAGACGGCUGCGCGAAGCCGCCCUCCCGUUCAUGCGCGAGGUCGUCCGUCCACGCCAGCUCACGCACCCACUUUUCCAGCUUGGCGCUCUCCCCCCGGCACUUCUUAGCGGUGUGCGCAAAGUCAAUUGCUCUGCCAUCAAGCGCGAAACGCUCGCUUCCCUCGUCGCCGGUCUCAGCGUGUUGCCCAACCUCGAAGCAAUCGACAUUAGCAAUGACACUAUGUUGUCUCUCACUCGACCACGGUCUUCGGCAGAGGUGGCGGGUUACGGCACUGCCCGCGAGCUUGCAGAAGUUCCGGGCGAGGUCAUCAAGAACGCCUUUCGACGCUUUCGCUCGCGUUGGCGCUCAGUCACGUACUUGUACGCGUCGGAGUCCAGGAUGGAGCGCCAACUCGAGCCGUUCUGCGACCCGGCAUCCAUAAUACGGCUCGAACUCUUCGAAUUCACGCUGGCCGGCGCAAGCCCGCAGCCUCGGCUCGCAGCGCUCAGUCAGUACCGACACUUGACCUCACUGAGCCUGUGCUUCUGUGGCAACGAGAUAUCCCUCGUCACGGACGUCCCAAGCGUUGUCCAACUCCCCGCUCUGCGGUCGUUCGAGAUCGGCGGGUACUACCCCGAAGUCAUCCCACUGGCGCAGCAGAUGGCGCCAAAUGUCGUCGACUUGCGCAUCGCUUUCCGUCGGUCCGACUUAGAUGCCCCUCCCGUCGCUCUCCAUCUGCCGCGUCUUCGCCGCCUGACGGUCGAGAUGGCAUGGCCGGCCGCCACCCUUCUGUACGCCUUCACCAAGUGCGAGCUCCAGUCUCUCAACUGGAUCGAAUACGGCCACGAAGACGAGAUCUACGUCGACUCAGGCCAAACUCCUGCCGCCUUCGCCGUUCCCCUCGUCAGCGAACUCCCUGCCUCGCUUCGGACGAUCACCUUUGAGCCGGACGACGGCCGCCUCUACCAAGGCAUGGACAACGGCUGGUCGGACGACGACAUCGCCGCGCUCGCCGCGAAGUGUGCCUCGCGAGGUGUUACCUUCGACGUCAAGCCUUAUUCGCGCGUCAGGACCGGAUAUCGCGUGUUCACGGAGAAGCCGUUAAGCUGGGCGUCCAACGCAGAGGAGGUCUGCGAGAAGAAAGGGGCGUCAUUGCGCGACCUCUUGGGAUGGGCGACGAGGCGAGUCCGUUGGCUCGAGCAGACGGGCGACAUUGCGGGCAUGCGCGAGAUGGUUGAGAUGCUCACGGAACUCAAGCAGCGGCAGGUCCUCGAGGAGGCGUAG